GCAGGUGCCAUGACAGCCACUGCCACAUGCCAGAAAGUCUUGGACGUGGUGAACUGGCGCUGAGCUGUGUGGCUUCAGACCAGUCUCUGCCUUUCUGAGUCUCAGUUUUCCCUCCCAUCUGAAAAGGGACUAGAGCUGGAGCCUGUUGCAUAAAACAGGCCACAGUAACACUGCUCAGAGUGAAGCAGGUGGGGGCCCGAGGCUCACCCCUCCCCCUGCCUUCCACAGAAGAUGUUGAGAUGCUUCCAAGGACCCCAAGGCUCUGCAGGACCAGCUCACCUCAAAACUCCUUUCCUCUGGGGCCCUUAUUUGUACCACCUCCUUGCCAGCUCACACCCCUUAAAGACAAAACCAGGUCGAGGCCCCUUUCUGGCCAGUGGUAGUCUGCUUACUGAGCUGCUCCUUUCUCAGACUCGGGGUGAGCCUCCCCCUCGCCACUCCCACCGCUCCACCUGCAUUGUGAGAACUCCAGGUCCUUGGCUCAUGAGCGGUUCUUCCGUCCUCAGGCUUCAGUGUCCCCUGUGUGCGUGGAACUGUCAGAUCCAGCGGACUGCAGAAGUCUGUCCCCUGUGACGGCAAAGUCAUAGGCAGUCCUGCCUGCUGCCUGCACGGAAGUCUGCCUGUCCCCUGGGCACGUGGGGUGGCUGCUUGGAGCCUUCCCCAAGUUCUCAGCCAGCAUGGCGUCCUUAUAUAGCUGUCUUCAGGCUGGGCCCGUGCUCUGUGCCCCGAGUGGCCCUUCUGUGGGGCAGGGCCUGGGCCUGCUCACCGUGCUCCUCGGCGGGGGGGCGGGGGGGGGGGGCUCUUUGCUCAGAUUGCUGACCGGGUGUGAAGCCCUGGAUGAUCCCAACCAUAUUCAGAGCCAAAGGGCAAGCAGUAUAGAUGCGCACAGAGAUGCUUUCUGGAGGGGAACAUUGACUUGCAGCCAGAGACACAGCUCCAGAGUCCUGGAUGCUCCUGCCACUGAUAGAGGGGACCUUGGGGGCUGGUCACUGCCUCAGAACCUUGUGUGGGCCCCCGAAAUGGCUACUCCCCUCCCUCCCCACCCCCACUGACAAGUGUCACCAAGUCACCCUCCUUCCUCAACCCAGGGCUUGGCACCUGGCCACACUUUCCUGAAGCAACUUUACCUUAUCUAUGGCCAGACUUGGGAGCUGGGCUGCCCCAGAGCCGCCAGGGACGCGAGCACCAGCUGCGUCCGGAUCCCUUAAUAUUUAUUCAUUUUAUUGCUAUUUGUUAUAAAAACAGCAUUUCAAGUUUAUUAAAGAAAAAUUGAAAAAAGCUACUGGUAAUCCUACCCCAGGCCCUCGGGUGCAUUCCUACGGGUCUGGGCUCAGGACAGUGGCACUGCCUUGGUGUGCUGAUGGCUGGGUGUCCUGCGCUUUCUCACGCAAGCCGUGAAUCAUGGGCUCCCUUGGCACGACCGACCUCCACAGGCUAUCUGAGUGCACACACCGCCACAAUGAAUCACCCCCUUCAGGACUUGUGUUGCACGAUUUCCUAUCAAUAAAUUACCCGGAAGGAGACUUCCGGGCCACAAGAAGCAACCUGCCAGGCACGGGAGCCAAAAUGAAGACUUCAGCCCCUGGCCGCACCUGUGGCAUCGCGACGGUCCUGCUCUCGCUGCUGGCUGUCCUUCACACCUCCACCCCCCAAAAGAAUGACAUUGACAUCUACAGCCUCACCGUGGACUCCAGGGUCUCAUCCAGAUUUGCCCACACAGUCGUCACCAGCAGGGUGGUCAACAAGGCCAAUGUUGUACAGGAGGCCACCUUCCAGGUGGAGCUGCCCAAGAGAGCCUUCAUCACCAACUUCUCCAUGAUCAUCGACGGUGUGACUUACCCCGGGAACAUCAAGGAGAAGGCUGCAGCCCAGGAGCAGUACAGCACAGCCGUGGCCAGGGGAGAGAGUGCUGGCCUCAUCAAGGCCACCGGAAGAAAGAUGGAGCAGUUCCAGGUGUCAGUCAAUGUGGCUCCCUCUGCCAAGGUCACUUUCGAGCUAGUGUAUGAGGAGCUGCUCAAACGGCGUCUGGAAGUGUAUGAGCUGCUGCUGAAAGUCCAGCCCCAGCAGCUGGUCAAGCAUCUGCAGAUGGACAUUCACAUCUUUGAGCCUCAGGGCAUCAGCUUUCUGGAGACAGAGAGCACCUUCAUGACCAACGAACUGGCAGAUGCCCUCACCAUCUCACGGAACAAGACCAAGGCUCACAUCCGAUUCAAGCCCACACUCUCCCAGCAAAAGUCACCAGGGCAGGAGGACACAGUCCUGAAUGGCAACUUCAUCAUCCGCUACGAUGUGAACCGGACCCUCUCCGGGGGCUCCAUUCAGAUUGAAAAUGGCUACUUUGUACACUACUUUGCCCCCGAGGGCCUACCCACAAUACCCAAGAAUGUGAUCUUUGUCAUUGACAAGAGCGGCUCCAUGUUGGGCAGGAAGAUCCAACAGACCCGGGAAGCCUUAAUCAAGAUCCUGGAUGACCUCAGCCCCAGAGACCAGUUCAACCUUAUCAGCUUCAGCGGGGAUGCAACCCAGUGGAAGCCAUUGCUGGUGCCAGCCUCAGCCGAGGACGUGAACCAGGCCAGGAGAUAUGUGGCUGGCAUCCAGGCCCAAGGCGGGACCAACAUCAAUGACGCAAUGCUGAUGGCCGUGCAGCUGCUGAGUAACGCCAACCAGCAGGAGCUGCUGCCCGCGGGCAGUGUCUCCCUCAUCAUCCUGCUCACCGAUGGUGACCCCACUGUGGGAGAGACCAACCCUGCGAGGAUCCAGAAGAACGUGCAGGAAGCCAUAGCUGGCCAGUACAGCCUCUUCUGCCUGGGCUUUGGCUUCGAUGUCAGCUAUGCCUUCCUGGAGAAGAUAGCACUGGACAACGGCGGCCUGGCUCGGCGCAUCUAUGAGGACUCAGACUCUGCCCUGCAGCUCCAGGAUUUCUACCAGGAAGUGGCCAACCCACUGCUGACAGCAGUGACCUUUGAGUACCCAAGCAACGCUGUGGAGGAGGUUUCGCAGGACAACUUCCGGCUGCUCUUCAAAGGCUCCGAGAUCGUGGUCGCUGGGAAGCUCCAGGACCAGAGCCCUGAUGUGCUCUCAGCCAAAGUCAGAGGGCAUCUGCACAUGCAGAACAUCACCUUCCAAACGGAAAUUAGAGUGGCGGAGAAGGAGGAAGAGUUCCAGAGCCCCAAGUACAUCUUCCACAGCUUCAUGGAGAGACUCUGGGCAUACCUGACCAUCCAGCAACUGCUAGAGAAAAUGAUUUUGGCAUCUGAUGCUGAGAAGCAGGCCCUUGAGACCCGAGCUCUGAACUUGUCGCUGCAGUACAGCUUUGUCACACCCCUCACGUCCAUGGUGGUCACCAAACCCGAAGGCGAAGAACGAUCUGAAGUUGCAGAGAAGCCCGUGGAAACCGAAAACAAACGCAAGCACUUCCACUUAGGUCUUCCUCUCUCCAGAUUUGAUACCAUGGGAGACAGAAGGUCUAGAUUAACAGGGAGCAGCUAUGCAGACUCCUUCCUUACCGAAAGAAGCGGCUAUAGAGGACCAACUGGACCUUCUGGGAAGGCGCCUGGUAACCCAGGGAGAAUCGGACCACAAGGACCUGUUCAUUCUCCAUCUCAUCAUCUAACCUACCAUGGGGUUAGGGACUUGCUGCUACCAGACAUGUUGUUAGCCCCCUCCACUCCUGAUGAAGUGGAUUUGAGAAUCAAGGCCAGAGUUCCUGCAAUACCUUCUGACACUAUGACACAUAGACACCAGGAGAGGAAACCCUCGGGGAGCUCUGCAGACACAUCACAACCAGCCAAGACAGACUCACCCCCAGCCCCCAUCCAGGCACCUCCUGUCAUCCUGACACUGCCCGGACAGAGUGUGAAUCCUCUCUGUGUGGACAUCAAGCACUCUCAGGGGCCAAUGAACCUGCUCUCAGACCCUGACCAAGGGGUUGAGGUGACUGGCCAGUAUGAGACAGAAAAGGCCCAGUUCUCAUGGAUCGAGGUGACCUUCAAGAACCCCCAGCUGCAGGUCCGCGCCUCCCCUGAGCACGUGGUAGUGACUCGAAAUCGAAGAAACUCUGCCUAUAAGUGGAAAGAGACGCUGUUCUCGGUGACACCUGGCCUCAACAUGACCAUGGACAAGGCGGGGCUCCUGCUGCUCAGCAGCCCAGACAAAGUGACCAUCGGCCUGCUCCCCUGGGACGGUCCUGGGGAGGGACUCCGGCUCCUUCUGCGGGACACCGACCGCUUCUCUAGCCACGUUGGCGGGACCCUUGGCCAGUUCUACCAGGGCGUGCUCUGGGGGCCCCCAGCAGCGGCAGAUGACAGCAGGCGAACACUGAGCGUUCAGGGCCGUGACUACUCUGCCACCAGAUUGCUCAAGCUGGAUUACCAAGAGGGUUCCCCAGGAACAGAGAUUUCCUGCUGGUCCGUGGAGCUGUAGUUAUGUGGGAGGGGUUGUGCCCACACCCCAGGCCACCCCACUGUGUGCAGAGAGCUGCCACCCUGUGGCCAGAAGACCGCCCGUGGGGCCCGGACUGCGAUGGGGAGGGAUGUUCCCACUCAUUCCAAAUAAAGGUGCUGUGAGCCCAGGGAAUGGA